AUGAACCCCUGCCACCUCACCCUCGCCCUCCUCCUCUUCAUCCUCGCCCCCACCCACGCAAUGCGCAACAUCAUCAAUCCCAAGAAAUCCCACGCCGGCGAAAAGUGCCGCAAACACGACAUGUCGGAUUGUUCGUGGUACAGGGAACAUCGUCCGCAGGUAUGGGAAGUUUGGAGUAGAGAUCAGAUGGGUGAAUAG